AUGGACUACGAAAAAGGGACCCCGCCUAAUGAGAAGACUACCGUCCCUCACCCGACUGUCGAAAGUCAUGGUGAGGAGGCCGCCGACUGGCGCGACCAGGAGGACUUCAUGACCCGUAACGGUCUCAACAUGAAGUCUUUCCAGCGUCGUCCCCAAGAAGGCCCUAUGGUCGUCCUCGACAAGUCCAUGAAGACUCGCCAUCUUCACAUGAUUGCCAUCGGUGGUUCCAUCGGUGCUGGUUUCUUCGUCGGUUCCGGUGGUGCUCUUUCUAGGGGUGGCCCUGCCACGCUUCUCAUUGAUUUCUCAAUCAUGGGUAUAAUGAUCUUCAACGUCGUCUACGCUCUCGGUGAACUCGCUGUUAUGUACCCCGUCUCCGGUGGUUUCUACACCUACUCUACUCGCUUCAUUGAUCCAUCCUGGGGUUUCGCCAUGGGCUGGAACUACGUUUUCCAAUGGGCCAUCGUCUUACCUCUUGAACUUCUCGUCGCCGGUUUAACAGUCCAAUAUUGGGAUGGUGCCAAGGAAAUCAACGUCGCUGUCUUCAUCACGGCUUUCUGGCUAUUCAUUUGUCUCAUCAACAUCUGGGGUACUCUGGGAUACGCCGAAGAAGAAUUCUGGUCGUCGUGUAUCAAGCUUGGUGCAACCGUCGUUUUCAUGAUCAUCGCCUUGGUCUUGGUUCUCGGUGGAGGACCCAGCAACGGCAUGUACUCUGAAUACUGGGGAGCGCGUACCUGGUACAACCCCGGUGCCUUCGCCAACGGUUUCAAGGGAUUCUGCACCGUCUUCGUUACCGCAGCCUUUUCCUUCUCCGGUACCGAACUUGUCGGUCUCGCUGCCGCUGAGACUAAGAACCCUUUGAAGUCUCUUCCUGGUGCUAUUCGUCAAGUCUUCUGGCGAAUCACCCUGUUCUACAUCCUUGGUCUCACCUUCGUUGGCCUGCUCGUCGAGCACACUGACGAGCGUCUCAUCGGUAACUCCUCCGGUGACGCCAACGCCUCGCCCUUCGUCAUUGCUGGCAAGAACGCUGGUUUGAUCGGCUUUGACAGCUUCAUGAACGUUGUCAUUAUGGUCUCCGUUGUCUCCAUUGGUGUCUCUGGUGUCUACGGUGGUUCGCGUACCCUCACCGCCCUCGCUGACCAGGGUUACGCCCCCAAGCUCUUCACCUACGUCGACCGUGCUGGACGUCCUCUUUACUCCGUUGCCUUCAUUCUUAUGUGGGGUCCCCUAGCCUACAUGAACUUGGCCUCAACCGGUGAGACUAUCUUCAACUGGUUCGUCGCUCUUUCCGGACUUGCCGCUCUCUUCACUUGGGGUUCCAUCUGCCUUGCCCACAUCCGCUUCCGCAAGGCUUGGGCUUACCACGGACACACCCUGGAUGAGAUUCCAUUCAAGGCCGCUGGUGGUGUCGCUGGUUCGUGGCUUGGUCUUGCCAUUAUCGUCAUCGUCUUGAUGGCACAGUUCUACACUGCUGUCUCCCCUAUCGGAAAGAGGCUUGGUACUGCCACCGACUUCUUCCAGGCAUACCUCGCUAUCUUCGUCGUUGCUGCUUUCUGGAUUGCCGGAUACUUCUGGAAGCGCGAGGGAUGGCUCCGAACUGCCCAGAUGGACGUUGACACUGGCCGUCGUGAGCUCGACUGGGACCUCAUCAACGCGGAGCGUGCCGAGAUCGCCACCUGGCCCGCAUGGAAGCGUUUCUUGAACCGCAUCUUUUAA